GCCUGAUGCCGUACCGUAAUCGCCCAGUCAAAAGCACCCUCCCGUCAGCUACUAGUAAAAGUCGUACAGCCUUCAUCUCUUGAGAGAAACAAUGGCUUUAGAAUUCCCUGGCUCAGUGCCAUGGAGCUUCCUCCUGUACGGACUCCCGGGCUCCGUGCUCCUGUGGCAGGCCGGCGUGCUGCUGGACCGGCUGUGGUGGCGCCCGCGACGGCUGGAGCGGACCCUGCGCGCGCAGGGCGUCGGCGGCACGCGGUACCGCUUCCUCCUCGGCGACCUCAAGGACUUCGGCCGGCUCAACGACGAGGCCUGGUCGAAGCCCCUGCCGCUGCGCUGCCACGACAUCGUGCCCCGGGUCACGCCGUUCCUCUGCAACAACGUCCGGGACAAUGGCAAACCGUGCUUCUCGUGGUUCGGCCCCAUCACUAACGUGGCCAUCACUGACCCCGAGCUUGUCAAGGACGUGCUGUCAAACAAGUUCGGCCACUUCGAGAAGCCCCAGUUCCCGGCGCUGACCAAGCUUCUCGGCAAUGGCCUCACGACCCAUGAGGGUGAGAAAUGGGUCAAGCAUAGGAGGAUCCUCAACCCUGCUUUCCAUCUUGAGAAGCUAAAGCUCAUGCUACCGGCUUUUUCUGCGAGCUGUGAGGAGCUUGUCAGCAGAUGGAAAGAGUUCCAUGGUUCUGACGGUUCUUGCGAGGUGGAUGUAUGGCCGGAGCUCCAGAACCUCACCGGAGAUGUCAUUUCUCGUACCGCUUUCGGUAGCAGCUAUGUGGAAGGAAGAAGGAUUUUCCAACUGCAGUCCGAGCAAGCUAAGCUCUUCAUAGGUGCGAUCCAGCGGAUUGUCAUUCCUGGUUACCUGUGCUUGCCCACCAAAAACAACAGAAAGAUGCGCAAAAAUAAUAAGGAGGUAGAAUCUAUUUUACGAGGACUAAUUGGAAAAAGAAUUCGAGCUAUGGAACAAGGUGAAGGCCGCGACGAUGAUCUACUUGGUCUAUUGCUAGAGUCAAACUUGAGAGACACGGACGAGAAUGGCCAAUCUAGCAAGGGGAUGACAAUCGAAGACGUCAUCGAAGAGUGCAAGCAGUUCUACUUGGCAGGAAUGGAGACAACGUCAGUGCUCCUGACAUGGACAAUGAUCGUACUAAGCAUGCAUCCGGAAUGGCAAGACCUUGCAAGGCAGGAAGUUCUAGGCCUGUUUGGAAGGAACAAACCUGAGUACGAGGGCCUUAGCCGACUCAAAACCGUGACCAUGAUCCUUCAAGAGGUUCUCCGUUUGUAUCCACCAGCCACCGUAUUCAGCCGGAAAACAUACAAGGAUAUGGAUAUUGGAGGCGUCAGGUACCCCGCUGGCGUGUUUAUUGAGGUGCCGGUGUUGUUCAUAAACCAUGACCCAGACAUCUGGGGAAGUGAUGUCAACGAGUUCAAACCGGAAAGGUUUAGCCAGGGGAUUUCGAUGGCAUCCAAGCAUCCAGGCGCGUUCUUGUCGUUUGGUUGGGGGCCACGGGUUUGCAUCGGCCAGAACUUCGCAUUGCUUGAGGCCAAGAUGGCACUAAGCAUGAUUCUUCAGCACUUCGAAUUCGAGCUCGCCUCGUCGUAUACACAUGCACCGCAUACUGUGAUGACGCUGCAGCCGAUGCAUGGUGCGCAAAUUAAGCUCAGAACUAUCUGACUACAUAUAUAUAUUUAAAAUGCUAAUAUUUUUUUUCAGGUGACUAAUAUAUUGUGUUAGAUAUGUAUUUUAUGGUAAACAAUGUUGCUUGUGUGAUGUGAGCUUUGUACGAGUGAAUAAAAAUGACAUAAUUAAUUAUGCUAAUUGUUGUUAGUGUUGUUGUAUGUUUA